AUGGCUGUGCUGUCGUCUGCGAGGCGCCUCCUCCCGUGGGGCCGCGCCCCGGCCGGCGGGGUCAGCGGCGGCCUCCGAGCUCUACUCGGGACGGACGGAGGCGGCGGCCGCUCUCUUCUCCCGUCCCGGUGGAAGUCGUCGCAGCCGCAGCUGGACCCCGUCGACAGGUCCGACGAGGAGGGCGGCGGCGACAUCGACUGGGACAACCUCGGCUUCGGGCUCACCCCGACCGACUACAUGUACGUCAUGCGGUGCUCGCAGGAGGAGGGCGGCUUCUCCCGCGGCGAGCUCGCCCGCUACGGCAACAUCGAGCUCAGCCCCUCCUCCGGCGUGCUCAACUACGGGCAGGGGCUGUUCGAGGGGCUCAAGGCGUACCGGAGGGCGGACGGGCCCGGGUACAUGCUGUUCCGGCCGGAGGAGAACGCGCGGCGGAUGCAGCACGGCGCCGGGCGCAUGUGCAUGCCGGCCCCGUCCGUCGAGCAGUUCGUGCACGCCGUCAAGCAGACCGUCCUCGCCAACAGGCGCUGGGUGCCGCCGCAGGGAAAGGGGGCGCUGUACCUCAGGCCGCUGCUCAUCGGGAGCGGGGCGAUCCUCGGGCUGGCGCCGGCGCCCGAGUAUACCUUCAUGAUCUACGCGGCGCCCGUGGGCACAUAUUUCAAGGAAGGCAUGGCGGCGAUAAACCUGCUGGUCGAGGAGGAGAUCCACCGCGCCAUGCCGGGCGGCACCGGCGGGGUCAAGACCAUCUCCAACUACGCGCCGGUGCUCAAGGCGCAGAUGGACGCGAGGAGCAAGGGGUUCGCGGACGUGCUGUACCUGGACUCGGUCCACAAGAGGUACGUGGAGGAGGCCUCCUCCUGCAACCUCUUCGUCGUGAAGGGCGGCGCCGUCGCGACGCCGGCGACGGAGGGGACCAUCCUGCCGGGGGUCACGCGUCGGAGCAUCAUCGAGCUCGCCAGAGACAGCGGCUACCAGGUCGAAGAGCGCCUCGUCUCCAUCGACGAUCUCGUCAGUGCCGACGAAGUGUUCUGCACGGGAACGGCCGUCGGCGUCACCCCGGUGUCCACCAUCACCUACCAAGGGACAAGGUACGAGUUCAGGACCGGGGAGGACACGUUGUCGAAGAAGCUUUACACGGCUCUGACGUCGAUCCAGAUGGGCCUGGCGGAGGACAAGAAGGGAUGGACGGUCGCGGUUGAUUGAGUAGGAUAACAGCGUGGGCGCAUGCGGCGCCGGAAGCAUUCAUCAGCAUUUCUUAUCAUGUCUUGCCUAUGUGAAUAAUAAUAGUGAUGGUGAUGAUAUCUCGGGGAUGUCUCGGCCCGAAGGGUGAUGGUUUCUCUGAUGCUACUGAUUUUUUGGGAAAUAUGGAAAGAGAGAAAUGCACGUGUGUUCCGUAACAACGCAGUUCCCGUGGGUGUUCUUGUUGCUCGAACUAAAAAGGAAGCUUCUCUGUGGGGUGACAUUUUUGUGUAAUAUUAUGCUGAGAGUGAGGCUUGUAAUUCGGCCCCUGGCCUAGACCCUAAAAAGAUUCUUCUUAUUCAACGAAAAUGGUAAGCCUUUUGCCUUG